ACCCAUUUUUGAAAAACCCAAGUGGUGGCCAGUUUCAGUUUCGGUUCACACAAAUGAGUAGUGACCUCCACUCUCUGUCUUCGCCACUGGCUUUUGCAGUUAUGGACGCCGCCACUGCCGCCGUCGCCGUCGCCGUCGACCCAUGUUUCUCGCCGGAGCUUUCCACCGGUUAUUUGGAAGACGCCUUGGUUGAGUUCACUUCAAAACGACGACGCUUGCUCCUCAACGAUCACAUUCACAAUAAUAAUCUUGUUGAUCAAUUUCAAUUUCCUCAGAGCUACUGGAGUUCGUAUUGCACGUGGGGGGCGGACGCCGAUAAUGCCUCCGACACUUUCGAUUGGACCAACCAAAUUUACGAUUUCAAUAAUUAUGAUGCAGUUUCAGCAGAUGAGCUGAUAAGCACUUCGCCGAAAAGCAGAAUCAGUGAGGAAACCAAUUAUACGGAUGUGUCAGCGAUGAAAACGCCGGAAGUAGAAGCGUUUUCGACUCCUAAUUAUAAUAAUUACUGCUAUGAACAUCCAAAUUCUUCUUCGUCUUCCUCUAAACACCAAUUCCACGCUGAGUUUUUGGCUGAUAAACAAACAAUUUUAUCCCUCUCCCGCAAGCUGCCUUUAUCUUCAGGUGGUGGAAGUGAAACAAAAAACUUGAAGAAGAGGAAGGUGGUGUAUCCAUUUGCAUUGGUAAAGCCAGGAGGCGUAGAAGGGGACAUAACCUUAAAUGACAUAAACCAAAAAAUCUUAAUGCCUCCGACCCGGCCGGUCCGUCACCCGGUCGGAGAUUUCGCAUGUCGGCCGUGCGUGUCGGCGGACGGACCGGGUCUCUCCGGCAAAGCCGUGGUGGCGCUCACAAGAAUCCACACUCAGGGAAGGAGAGGCAGCAUCACCAUUAUUAGAACCAAAGGUUAAUUAAUCAAAUAUUAACCCAAAUAUUGCGCUAGAGUUGUGUAUAGAGGAGAGAGAGAGAAAAAUGUGUAUGUAAUAUAAUGAUUGAGAGAGAGAGAGAGAGAGGGAAAAGUUAAUGAAUUUGUACUUAGUAUAUAGUUUAAGGCUGCACUGUAAUUGAUUAAUGAAUAUUUGGGUCA